CGAGAUCUGACAGAUAAAGCUGCUGGUAGUAAAGGUAGCAUCAGAUCACAGCAUGGUCACUUUUAGGUGUGUUAAACGGGAUUAUAGCAGAUUAGCUACUUUUGGGUUGGGUCCUUUUCCUCUGAUCUUUACCAAAGAAGGAGUGAAGAGCUGAGGAGGGAGAAACUAAGUUUACAGUAACAGUUCUGUUUUUAAAAAAUAUAUAAACGCAAUGAUUUUUUUUUGUGAGAAAAAUCAUAGAAGAAAGUGUUUUUCCUGCAGAAGAAACCUGCCUCCAGCAUCUCAGCUUUCGACGCAGGAAAAUGGUUUUCCGGAAGACCCGUUAGGUUCUGGACGCAGAGCCAAUAAGACCCAACCGAGAGCGCUUGUAAAUUCCUGGUUGAGGAGGUCAUUGUUUAUUGGUCUUUAAGGGUUUGGCUCGUGCUUUUCCUGUCUAUUUUUUUCCUUAGCGUCUCGUCUCCCUCUAUUCUUUUAAAGCUGCGCAGCCUCUGCGCAUUUUCACCUCCAGCCCGAACCCAGCGGACGCAUCUGGCGCAGAAGGGAUCAGCUUUGUAAGGUCCCAGGAGUUACCUCACCUCCACCAUGACGGAUCGCUUCGACUGCUACUACUGCCGUGACAACCUGCACGGCAAGAAGUAUGUGAAGAAGGAUGAGAAGCACGUGUGCACCAAGUGCUUUGAUAAACUCUGUGCCAACACCUGUGCAGAAUGCAGGCGCCCUAUUGGUGCAGACUCCAAGGAGCUGCAUCAUAAGAACCGCUACUGGCACGAGGACUGUUUCCGCUGCGCCAAGUUACAGCCCCUGGCCAGUGAGCCGUUCAGCGCUCGGGAUGAUGGGAAGAUUAUGUGUGGCAAGUGUGGCUCCAGGGAGGACGGAAACCGCUGUCAGGGCUGCUACAAGGUGGUGAUGCCAGGGUCCCAGAACGUGGAGUACAAGAGCAAGGUGUGGCACGAGGAAUGCUUCACCUGCUUCGAAUGCAAGAAGCCGAUCCGCACACAGAGUUUUCUGACUAAAGGGGAUGACAUCUACUGCUCUCCAUGCCAUGAAAAUAAAUUUGCCAAGAAGUGCUUCCACUGCAAGCAGCCCAUCACCUCUGGAGGGAUCAGCUACCAGGACCAGCCCUGGCACUCUGAGUGUUUUAAGUGCCAAACCUGCCGUAAACCUCUGGCUGGAACUCGCUUCACCUCCCAUGAGAACCACGUUUACUGUGUGGACUGCUACAAGAGCGAUGUGGCCAAGAAGUGGAACGGCUGCAAGAACCCGAUCACAGGAUUUGGCCAUGGAACCAAUGUGGUGAACUAUGAGGGAUUAUCCUGGCAUGAGUAUUGCUUCAACUGCAAGAAAUGCUCUCUCUCCCUGGCCAACAAGCGCUUUGUCAUCAACGGAGAUCACAUCUACUGCCCCGACUGUGCUAAAAAGCUGUAAACGACACAAUCGGUUGUAAAAGGAAUCGCACUACGCAUUCUCUAAGAGUUGCUUUGUUUUGAAGUUCUAGAAGACAUUUUUAAAAGACCUGGAUUUGCAUGCAUGCCAGUGGUCAGUUUUGUGGAACUGUUACAAGGAAAUAUUAACUUAGUGCACAGGCUGCAACUAUAUCAUUAUCAAGUGUUAAUCUCUAACAAGGCAGAAUUUCUGGGAUUGAUGUUUCGGUUUAAUCUGUACCAGGGUUCUGGGACUCAAAAGUCCAUUAGAGCCUUACUGGGACCUUCCCAAGAGUAAAUGCAUUUUUUGCUUUCAUGGCCUGCUGCUGCAUAAACACACCAGCUUUGAGAGAUUAUCUGUCACAUCUCUGAAUACUAUUAAAAAGAAUCAAGAGUGAAUACAAAUACACACAAAUUCUUUUGUUUGAUGCUGCAAAAUAAACCAAGUGUGUAUUCAGAA